AUGUCGCACAGCUCUAGUACAGGAAGUAUCCACCAGUAUGUCAACGAAUCUCCCGAAAGCUCAGCUGUAUCUCAGCUAGCGUCAAGCACAUACCCGGCAAUCUUUAUACCCUACCUUUCUCCGGGGGUAGCUUACGAUGCGGCGAACUCGUCCAACGCUGGAGACAACCAGUCCUAUGGCAGCUCUAUCAUGUCUCAUGCGCCCGCAUUUUCUAACGAUGCCACUUAUCAAGAUUCGUUCUAUUCCAACGCCUUUCGCAAUUGCGCCGCCACUACGAUGGCUGGGCUCUCUACCCCUGCCCAAACCGUGUUUCCUUCAUCAACGAGGUCGUCUUCGAGAGCUCCGGCUCCGGCUUCAGGCGCCGAGCCUAAUAAUCCCCUGAUCCGGCGCCUGUACGGUGUAUCUCAGUCGGGCUUCGAAGACAACUACAUAUACCCCGCAGGCGACCCUUGCGCACACGAAGGCACUUUUGUGCCCACGAGCUUGACCUCAGCCCACAGCGCGACUUCGUAUUGGGACGAUUCAACGCAUGUGCAGCCUUAUCAUCCUCCUUUCGACUCGGAUGGUGCUCGUCUUCAUGGACCGGCGAUGAGUCGAGGUCAAAGGGGCCGGAAAGGUCAGACGUAUCCCUCUCUCGAUACUGUCGCCAACGCUGCUGGAGCAGCCCGCCGUUCACAGAAGCGUUCGCGAGAGGAAACCUCGGAGCUGGCUGGGCCUCCUUCAUCUUCCAUGAAUGUUUGGGCUUUGACUCCGCCUGUUACGCCGCCAAAGAAAACUAAGAGCAGCCAGAAGAAACUUGGCGGGCGCAAGAGCCAUAAGUGA